GUUAUUGUUAUUUUAUUUUUCAUUUUUAUUUUUCACUCUUUUGCUUUGCUUUACCAUGUUUGUGCCGAUCGAGUCUGCGAGCGCGAGCAGUCGGCAGUACCACCGGUCGACCUCGACGACGGCGUCCACAUCGUCUGGAUCGUCACUCAGCGAGCCAAGCACGCCGCACUCUGCCGGGGGUGGGUUUGCAGCGACGGCGCCGAGUCGGAUGGGCGAUGUGCUCUCAGUCUCGCCUGGCGGAACUCCGACGUGGUCGAGCGACCCGUCUGUGCCAGUGCGGCUGCGGCUGGGCACUCAGGGGGACUCUGCCAAGCCAGCACGCACUGUCAUGGAAGUCAUGCGCGACGCGAGCACCAAGCACGGGACCAAGCGGGCGCUUGCGUUUCUUCCGCCGACGGCAGCAGCUGUUCCGACGACCAGCAACAGCAGCACAGCCAGCCACACGAGCAGCAACAGCCUGCCGAACGGACACGGUGAUACUCCAGGCACAACGAAUAGCAUGACGAACAGCGCGACGAGUACGAAUGACAACAGCACUGCUCGCAAUCGCCGCGCUAGCAACAGCUCAACCAGCAGCAGCAGCAGCAGCAGCAGCAGCAGCAGCCACCCGGCAACCAGCUCCGGAAGAAAGCUGCCGCCAGCCAACGCAUGGUCGUUCAUCACGUACAAGGACUACUACGAGACCGUCCGCACUGCAGCCAAGGCGUUCAUCGCGCUGGGACUUGAGCCGCACCAUGGCGUGUGCAUCCUUGGAUUCAACUCGCCCGAGUGGUUUAUCGCAGACCUGGGUGCCAUUUUCGCGGGAGGCCUCGGGUGUGGCAUUUACACGACCAACUCGCCGGACGCUUGCCAGUUUAUCAUCGAGGACUCGCGGGCCAAUAUUGUGGUUGUCGAGAACGACACGCAGCUGCAGAAGAUCCUGAAGGUACGGCAUCGGCUUCCGCUCGUCAAGGCGAUCAUUCAGUAUCACGACAAGCUCAGCGAGCCAGGCGAAGGCCUUUACUCGUGGAAUGAAUUCCUCAGCAAAUCAUCCUUGACCUCGGACGAAACUUUGGAGGAACGCAUCCAAGCUCAGACUGCAACUCACUGCUGCACGUUAAUCUACACGUCGGGGACAACUGGACACCCCAAGGGAGUCAUGUUGUCGCAUGACAACUUGACGUGGACUUCGGCGCAGACCAGCAAGCAAGUCAAGGUUGCCGCAAACGAGCAAGCCGUGAGCUACUUGCCUUUGAGCCACGUCGCAGCCCAAAUGACAGACAUUCACAUGCCCAUGCUCCACGGAGCUACCACUUGGUUUGCCCAAGCCGAUGCACUCAAGGGUUCGCUGGUCGACACGCUCCGGGUUGUGCGACCCACAAUCUUCCUAGGCGUACCGCGCGUCUGGGAGAAGAUGGCAGAACAGCUGCAGGCGUUCGGAAAGACGACCUCGGGAUUUUCUCAGCGCGUGGCUGGCUGGGCCAAGGAAAUUGGACUGGAAGGCAACAUGCGUGUAGAGCGCGGCGAGAGCGUGCCUUGGGGCUGGUCUUUGGCCAAUGCGCUGGUGUUUAGCAACAUUCGCCAAGCUUUGGGACUUGACCGAUGCAAGAUUGCACUGUCGAGCGCCGCGCCAAUCUCGCGCGAGACUCUGGAUUACUUUUUGUCCAUCAAUCUUCCCUUGUUUGAAAUUUACGGCAUGAGUGAAAGCACCGGCCCACACACUGUCUCUGUUCCCGGCCAAAGGAAGACAGGAUUUGUCGGCGUCACGUUUGACGGCGCAGAGACGCGCAUCCAUCGACCUGGGCUGGAUGGCUCUGGAGAAAUUUGUUUCCGCGGUCGCCACAUCUUUAUGGGCUACCUCGGCCAUCCCGAAAAGACGGCUGAAGUGGUGGAUGGCGAUGGCUGGCUGCAUUCAGGCGAUGUGGGACAGAUGUUUGAGGGCGGCUUUGUUCAAAUCACCGGGCGCAUCAAAGAACUCCUCAUCACAGCCGGCGGUGAAAAUGUGGCCCCUACACCAAUCGAGCAGCGCAUCAAGCAGGUCUUGCCGUUCGUGUCGAACGCAAUGCUGAUUGGAGAUCGCCGCAAAUUCAUCUCGUGCCUGCUCACCCUUCGAUGCGAGUUUGACGCAGAGGGCAACGCACUCAGUCAGCUGAAUCACACCGCUCUGGUUGCCCUCGAGCAGGCCGGAGUGCCCAACACUGUGCGAACCAUUCCCGAAGCGCUCGAGCACCCGGCAUUCAACGCUGCACUCGAGCAAGGAAUGCGUCUUGUCAAUGAGCUAUCCGAGUCGCAUGCCCAGCACGUUCAGAAGUGGGUCGUUCUCCCAAUGGACUUUACUACCAAUGGCGGUGAGCUCGGGCCGACACUCAAGCUGCGUCGUCACGUCGUCAUGCAAAAGUACCAACUGCUCAUUGACAGCAUGUACGGCGCCUUUGACCAACCCGCCGCCGCCAAGUGAGCCCCCCUGCUGCUUGCCUUUCCGCCUCUGUCGACUUUGUUUGACGUUGUUAUUCCCCAUUCCCGUUCGUUUUUCAUUCUACAGCCUAUUCCAGUUGCAUUAACAAAAUAUAGUCGUCCAUCCGG